UAUUAUAAAGUACUACUUCCACCGGAUGCCGUACAGAUUGGCGCUGGCUUUCUCCGCUCCUUGCAUACCAAGCUCUGAGUUUCAAGGAAGAUGGCUAUCGCCGGCCAAGUCGCCGGUCCUUAUCUCGUUCGCAGGUCUUCUAUGCUCCCUGAUCCCAAUAUCUUGAUGCUUGGAAUGAAACAGAGCAGCGGUCUCUGUUCCUCCACUCCUAUUCUGUUUCCGGCGAAACAGGGGGGGUUUCUGUCCCGUUCGUUGAGGCUCAUGCGAUCGCCUGUGGCUACGCUAAGGGAGGAGGUGGUGAGUUUAGUGGUGGGAAAGCCGGCGAAGAUCAAGGUGAGAGCGGUUAUUACGGUGAGAAAGAAGAGUAAGGAGGAUUUACUGGACGCUGUUGCCAAACAGCUGGAUCCUAAGAUCGGCAAAAAUGUGGUUUUGGAACUGAUAAGCACACAGAUUAAUAAAAGAACAAGGGCACCGAAGAAGAGCGGAGAGGCAGUGAUCAAGGACUGGGACGAUAAGAUGAAGGCUAAAGGAGAGCGAGCGGUAUGCGUGGUGGAUUUUACGGUGGACUCAGACUUUGGAGAGCCCGGCGCCAUUACCGUGGCCAAUCGACACCAGCGCGAGUUCUUUCUAGAAAGCAUCAUCGUUGAAGGAUUCCCCUUUGGCACCGUACACUUCCUCUGCAACUCUUGGGUGCAGUUAAUGAAGGACAUCCCUUCCAAGCGCGUCUUUUUCAGCAACAAGGCUUAUUUGUCAUGGGAGACGCCGGAGGGACUCAAGGAGUUGAGGGAGAAGGAGUUGAUAGAGCUGAGAGGAGAUGGCAAUGGGGUUCGGAAACUAUCCGAUCGGAUUUACGAUUAUGCCACUUACAACGAUUUGGGAAAUCCCGAUAAGGGGAAGGAACACAGCAGGCCGAACCUUGGCGGCGAGAAGAUGCCGUAUCCUCGCCGGUGCCGCACCGGCCGGGCACCGACGGAUACAAAUUUGGAAUGUGAGAGCAGAAUUGAGAAGCCCCAUCCAGUGUACGUCCCCCGAGACGAAGCAUUUGAGGAGCUGAAGCAGGACACUUUCUCAGCCGGCAGAUUGAAGGCUGUGCUCCACAACCUCGUCCCUUCCCUCGUAGCUUCCGUCUCUGCAGAAAAUCUCGACUUCCAGUGCUUUCAUGACAUCGACAAUCUUUACAAGGAUGGACUGCUCUUAAAGCUCGGCAUUGAGGGUCAUCUUCUCCACAAGAUUCCUCUCGUCCGGAAGCUCCACCAGUCCAGCCAUGGCUUUCUUCGAUAUGACACUCCAAGCAUUCUCUCCAAGGACAAAUUCGCGUGGCUCCGCGACGACGAGCUCGGCCGCCAGGCCAUUGCCGGAAUCAACCCGGUCAACAUCGAGCGUGUCCAAGUCUUCCCGCCGGUCAGCAAGCUCGAUCCCGACCUGUACGGUCCACCGGAAUCCGCCAUCACCGAAACACACAUUGCCGGCCACCUCAACGGCAUGUCCGUUCAACAAGCAAUCGAAGAAGAGAAGCUCUUCAUGAUUGACCACCACGACACCUACCUACCGUUCGUCGACCGCAUCAACUCCCUCGACGGUCGGAAGUCCUAUGCGACGCGCGUCAUCUUUUUCUUAAGCUCGCUGGGGACUCUCCGGCCGGUGGCGAUUGAGUUAGCUCUGCCUCCGGAGACUGCCGGAGGAAAACGGUUCAGCCGCGUGCUGACGCCUCCGUGUGACGCUACGACGAGCUGGCUGUGGCAGCUGGGGAAGGCACAUGCGUGCGCUAACGACUGUGGGGUGCACCAGCUGGUGAACCAUUGGUUGAGGACGCACGCGUGUAUGGAGCCAUUUAUACUGGCGGCGCACCGGCGGCUGAGCUGCAUGCACCCGGUUUUUAGGCUGCUACACCCGCAUAUGAGGUACACGCUUGAGAUAAACGCGCUGGCCCGACAGAGUUUGGUCAACGCCGGCGGAGUUAUAGAGUCGUGCUUUACGCCUGGGCCUCUGUGUAUGGAGAUCUCGGCUGAUUAUUACCGCCAACAUUGGCGGUUCGAUAAGGAAGGUCUCCCGGCGGAUCUUAUCCGAAGGGGCGUCGCCGUGGAAGACCCAUCGCAGCCGCACUCCCUCCGUCUCCUCAUCUCCGACUACCCCUAUGCCGAAGACGGUCUUCUCAUCUGGUCCGCCAUCGAAUGUUGGGUCAAUCACUACACCAACCAUUACUACCCCAACACUUCCUCCAUUCUUUCCGACACCGAACUCCAAUCCUGGUACUCCGAAUCCAUCAAUUCCGGCCACGCUGAUCUCCGCCACUCCACUUGGUGGCCCUCACUCUCCACCCCCACCCAUCUCUCCUCCAUCCUCACCACCCUCAUCUGGAUCUCCUCUGCCCAACACGCCGCUCUUAACUUUGGCCAAUACCCUCUGGGCGGCUACGUUCCAAACCGCCCUCCACUGAUGCGCCGCCUUCUUCCCGACGAUAAAGAUGCCGCCUUUGUCGCCGAUCCGCACCGAUAUUUUUUGUCGGCAAUGCCCAGUGUUCUGCAGACGACGAAGUUUAUGGCGGUGGUGGAUACAUUGUCGACGCAUUCGCCGGAUGAGGAGUAUUUGGGGCAGAGGAGGGAGGCGGCGUGGACGGCGGAGGAGGAGGUUUUGGAAGGGUAUGAGGAGUUUUCGGCGGAGAUGGGGAGGAUUGAGGAGGAGAUUGGGAGGAGGAAUUGGGAUUCGGAGAAGAGGAACAGGUGUGGAGCUGGUGUGCUGGGUUAUGAGUUGCUUGUGCCUAGUUCUGGGCCGGGGGUCACCGCUAGGGGAGUGCCCAAUAGCAUUUCUAUAUGAGUUUUGUUUUGUUGUAGGGAUGAUUGUUACAUUCAGAUUACCCGAAAUACCCAUAUUUACAACUUAAGCCACCAAAGUCAUUUUUCUGAACUACCGAAUCGAUGUAUUUAAAUUUAGGGGUGCCACGAUCAAACUAUUGAGAAUUUUGAUAUUUGAGUGAGAAUAUGAAAAAUAGAUGAAAGAGGGUGGUUGAUCUGUAAAUAGCAAGUUUGGGUUGAUCUGUAUGUAAUUGUCCCUUAGGGUAGUUUGUAUAUUAAAUGUACUAUUGUUAUGUUUGUUUC